AUGUAUUUAAAAAACGAUUCAGGGUUAGGAGGAUGGAUAACCAUACCGGCUGUAGCUGAUGUUCUCAAAUAUUCUUGCAUUGUUUGCUGGUCUUCUAGGGAAAAGAAUAAUGUGGAACAGGACCUUAAGGAGAAAGAAGAUACUAUUAAACAGAGGACAAGCGAGGUUCAGGAUCUGCAAGAUGAAGUUCAAAGGGAGAAUACUAAUCUGCAAAAACUCCAGGCCCAGAAACAGCAAGUACAGGAACUCCUUGAUGGAUUAGAUGAGCAGAAAUCCCAGCUGGAGGAGCAACUGAAGGAAGUUAGAAAGAAAUGCGCUGAGGAGGCCCAGCUGAUCUCAUCCCUGAAAGCUGAAUUAACUAGUCAAGAAUCGCAAAUCUCUACUUAUGAGGAAGAGCUGGCCAAAGCUAGGGAAGAGCUGAGUCGCCUACAGCAAGAAACGGCAGAAUUGGAGGAGAGUGUGGAGUCAGGGAAGGCUCAGCUGGGACCUCUUCAGCAGCACCUGCAAGAUUCACAACAGGAAAUCAGUUCAAUGCAGAUGAAACUGAUGGAAAUGAAAGAGCUGGAGAACCGUAAUAAUCAGUUAAAUUGGUGCAGUAGCCCACACAGCAUUCUUGUAAAUGGUGCUACAGAUUAUUGCAGCCUCAGCACCAGCAGCAGUGAAACAGCUAACCUUAAUGAGCAUGCUGAAGGUCAAGGCAACCUGGAGUCAGAGCCCAUACACCAGGAGUCUCCAGCAAGAAGUAGUCCUGAAAUACUGCCUUCUGGUGUGACUGAUGAUAAUGAAGUGGCGACAACAGCUGUUAAUGAGAAAGUUUGCCCUGAAUUUAGUAGUGACAGACAUUCAAAAGAGGGAGAUCCAUUUAAUGUAGAAUCAAGUUCACUGACAGAUCCAGUUGCAGAUACAAACUUGGAUUUUUUCCAGUCUGAUCCUUUUGUUGGCAGUGAUCCUUUCAAGGAUGAUCCUUUUGGAAAAAUUGAUCCGUUUGGAGGUGAUCCUUUCAAAGGUUCAGAUCCAUUUGCAUCUGACUGUUUCUUCAAGCAGUCUUCUGCUGACCCUUUUGCCACUUCAAGUACUGACCCUUUCAGUGCAGCCAGCAAUAGCAGUAAUACAUCGGUAGAAACAUUGAAGUACAAUGAUCCUUUUGCUCCUGGUGGAACAGUUGUUGUUGCAGCAAGUGAUUCAGCCACAGAUCCCUUUGCUUCUGUUUUUGGAAGUGAAUCAUUUGAAGAUGGAUUUGCUGACUUCAGCACAUUGUCAAAGGUCAACAACGAAGAUCCUUUUAGUUCAGCCACAUCGAGCUCUGUCAACAAUGUGGUCAUUAAAAAAAAUGUGCCUGAGGAAACAUCGGUCAAAAGUGAAGAUGUACCUCCAGCACUGCCACCAAAGAUUGGAACUCCAACAAGACCCUGCCCACCACCACCUGGGAAAAGACCCAUCAACAAAUUGGAUUCUUCUGAUCCUUUUAAACUGAAUGAUCCAUUUCAGCCUUUCCCAGACAAUGAUAGCCCCAAAGAAAAAGAUCCUGAUAUGUUUUGCGAUUCAUUCACUUCUACUACUACUACCACUACCAAUAAAGAGGCUGACCCAAGCAAUUUUGCUAACUUCAGUGCUUAUCCCUCUGAAGAAGAUAUGAUUGAAUGGGCCAAGAGGGAAAGUGAGAGAGAGGAAGAGCAGAGGCUUGCCCGACUAAAUCAGCAAGAGCAGGAAGACUUAGAACUGGCUAUCGCACUCAGCAAAUCUGAGAUAUCAGAAGCAUGAAGAAUUCGCCUGUCCUUUGUCAACCAUACAAUAUUCUUCUUCCUGAAUACUGAAGCUCUUUACAGUGUGUAUCAAAACUACCUAUGAGCAUGGG